AGCUUUUUGAGCCCAUCUCGACGCUGACUGAAAAUGGCAGAGAACCCAAAAGCUACCGAGCAAUCUCCUUCGGGAGAUGGAGAGCAUCAAAGCAAAUCGACACAGGAUUCCUCCGUCGAUGUUUCCGCCUCACAACGCCCUCUACUGGCCGGAAGGAACGAGGAAAUGACUUCAAUACCGAAAGAAUCAGAAGAGGUAAUCAAAAAAAUGCUGGCAGUUCUCGAAACGCUUAAUAAAAUUGGUGGGAGGUGGGGCAACCAAGUCGAAGCCUUGGUCGACUUGUUAUCCACGUCUGUAAAAAACGCAAUUCGUUUGGGGGCGAUCCAUGAACAAGACAGGGAAACCCAAGGGAGGCAACUCGGAGCCUUGGUCGACUUGGUAAAGAUCCAUGAACAAGACAGGGAAAUCCAAGGGAGGCAACUCGGAGCCUUGGUCAACUUGGUAAAGAUCCAUGAACAAGACAGGAAAACCCAAUGGAAGCUUAUUGACACUGUGGAAUCAUUGAGUGUAACUCCUGCUGUCGUACAAAGUAUUAUUCAUAACACGGUUGUUGGAGAGAAGAAAGUUACGGCUCUAGUGAGUGAUCGAGAUAUUCGUCGGGAAGAAGACUUUGAGGCGAUGAGGCAGGUGGUAGUACCAAGAGACGAGCCACGUCGACCAAGGCCUCCCCAGCGUGAACCAGAGCUGCAAGACCGACGUGAACGAGAAGAAGAAAGUCCAAGCCCAAGAGCUUUUCUGGAGGAAGGCAGCACUGAACUGGCGGGAAUGAGUACCAGACCAGUGCCGGAAGGCAGCGACAACAUCGACCUUGAGGCGGCAAAGUUCUUAACGGCUCUCCCGAACCCAUGGGAAGGCAAUCCGCCAGCAAGGGACCGGCUUGCAAUAUUCAAUAUACCCAAAGAGCUUUCAGGGGAUGAGAAGGUAUGGGGCCGGAACGUCCUGGAUGGGUUCCCUAAGAGCGCUUCUUUCAUUGUCUUGGACAAGGACCGAGGCUCGGCUCUCUUCAAACGCUUUGACGAGGCAUCAAUGAGAAACAUUUUGUACCUGCAAAGCCGAGUUGCAUGCCUCACAGCCAAACAGGCCGAGUUUGACGAAGAAGAUUUUGCGAGCGAGAGGCCGGAUAGAGAAAAACAACUCGAAGAGCUGCGUUUCAGAAUUCAACAGAAGAUAUUGGAACCAGAAUCACCAGAGAGCCAACGCCUAAUACGCCCCGACCCACGACCUACACGGGACGAAUUACUUAGAAGCGCCCUCGACUUGGCAGCACAAAUUGAUAAGGAACCAAAAUUCUUGCCUAAGAACGCAGACAAAGAAAAGUGGAAUCGGUCCGGGAAGGAACCAGAAUUCUUGUUUGGGAUCAGGGAGAGGGAAACCAAAUGGCAUCCGAGGUCUGGGAGCAAGCAAAGUCUCCCUGAAGACCCAGAAGAGAGUAACAGGGGUACACUUUUCGAACGUCUCGCUUGUCUUGAGGGAUGUAUCCAGGCAGAAAGGACUCUCUUAGAGCAUCUCGUGGAAGUCAAUGGACCGAUUCCACGAUCCUCCGGGAAAGGCCAAGAGCCACAAGAGGGAAGCAAGGUUCAAACUUAUCCCCGUUUGCCAAGACGGGGACCAAGUUUGGCUCGGAAGAGAUUGGGUUAUCUGCUGUGGUAUAUUGCACAAGAUUUGGGGGUCUCACCCACCUACCUACUUAUCUAUCUUAUAAACGCCUCUGUGGACAAUUUAGCCGACUUCUCGCCAAUACCAAUUGAUGAACUGACGAUGGAAGCACUUUUCGCUCUGUUUCCUCCUCCAGUAUUAUGGCUGAACAUAGAAACUACAAUCACGAAUCUUGAAGUCAUGCUCCAGCAAUAUUUAAUACCUUACCUGGAAAACAGAGUGGUUCCCGAAGCGGUAUACUAUGCAGCAAAAUCAUGGGAAGAGUUUGAGAUGUUUAGUAGCGCAGAAAAAAUGAAGCAAAGGCGGCUCCAAUGGGAAACAGCCAACCCGGACACACCCUGGCCUAUGUUGAACCUGUCUGACCAAUGGAUUCAGAAGAUGCAAGACAGGUGGUACCUGGCUGUAGAUGUCAAAGAGGCAUUAAAAGAAUAUCAUGAAGCGCUUGUACUUCAGAAGCAACUUCUCGAGAUUCCACGACCGGCAGAUCGUACUAAAGACGUCUUAUCCGACUGGUACAGCUUUUCUUACAGCGACAAACCCCAAUUUCUAGGCAAUAGUCAAGUAAAUCUCUACAGUGACGAUGUUGUGACGCUGAAACCUCCUGCCGAAGAAGACCGGGUCUCAAACUUCAUCAGUUCGAAACUUCAGUUUUGGUUCCUGGAUAAGAACAUCUCUACUCGUAAAGUCCAGUACACCAAAGAAAGCAAGAUUGGAUCAUGGGUCACUGGUAUUAACAUGGUGGUUGCGUUCGCUUCUCUCGUUGUUGCUGUGUGGGUUCUAUCGGUAGUCAACACGUAUAAGACUGAGACAGAAGUCAAGGUCGAUAAGAGAGAAUUGGCUACACUGACCGGUUUCAUCGUUGGAUUCUCCCUAUGGGUUGGUUUCAUGACAUCCCUGUCGAGAAAGGAGGUUUUUGGCGCUGUUGCAGUGUAUGCUGCGGUCCUGGUAGUCUUCAUUGGCUCGGGAUAAAAUUCUUGAAUCGUUGGCCUUUUGUCGGAGUCUGACGAGGAAGGAUCGAAAGGAAGCACAGUGGUUGGCUCUGUUACGUGUACAGUGAAGCUUCUCAGUCACGACCGCUAAGCCCUGAACAAGUGAUAUCAACCUACUAGUGCAAGGCGGCAAAAGGGUCUCAAUCAGAGAAUAUGGUUACUUUGAAGAAAGAUUUCCAAUAAAUAAAUAUACAUUGGUUUUGACAG